UCUUACGUUCCAUCUCCUUCACUCCUCCCCCCACAUCCUCUAAUCCCUCUCCUUCCACCUAUGGCCGUCCUUCCCGGGGCAGCCAGUGUCCCUGUUGUGAAAAUUCUCCAUCACAACCACGCGGCGCCCGCUACUUCACUCCACGGUGGAUCGAUCGCUCUCUCCUCGUCUCCGAGUCCCCGUCUGUCAGGAAGCAGACGAGUCGCCGAAAGCCGCGGCGUACUACGCGCCAGUGGGCGUCCGCUGUCCCAGCAGGAGCGCAUCCAGAGAGCCCGGCUGAUCCGCCACCACCGCCGCGCUCCCUCCCCGCUCAUCUGCCCCGCUCCCGCGCCACCCAUGGCGGAAUCAACCGUCGCCGCCGCUGCGCCUGGCGGGGGAGGUGCGGGGGCGUUGGCGGUCGAUCGGUCGGCGCUAGGACAGAGGCUAUUGGCGCUGGGCAGGGGACGGCUGAGGUUGUUCCUUGACACUGCUGACGUGGCAGAAUGGGAUAAGUGGCUUCCGACAGGGAUAUUCCAUGGCGUGACCACCAACCCGUUGCUCCUGGAGCGGGCAGGGAGGGAGUGCUCCGUGGACGCCCUGGCAAAGCUGGCCCACAUGGCUUUUGACCUGGGCGCACAGGAGAUUCAGCUGCAGACGUGGGGGGCCACCGUGGAGGAGAUGGUUGACACGGGCAAGCGCCUGGGCAUCAUCGACCCACGUGUCGUGAUCAAGAUUCCAGCGACGGUGGAUGGCAUUCAGGCAGCCCGGCAGCUGAUCUCCUCAUGGGGCUUCAGAGUCACACUCACUGCCGUCUAUGCCUCGCACCAGGUGCUGCUAGCGCAGGGCGUGGGGGCGCAGUAUGCGGCGCCGUACCUGGGGAGAAUGGAUGCGCUGGGUAAAGACGGCAAGGCCGAGAUCAUCGCCAUGCAGCGUGCCGUCUCGGCCACCAGCAGUGCAACGCGUGUGCUGGUGGCGAGUGUGAGGGCACCGGGGGAGGUAUCGGCACUGGCAGCAGCAGGCGUGGAUACAUUCGCGCUGCCCCCGGCCAUAGUGGCGCGCAUGCUGCACGUGCCCGAGACAGAAACAGCUGCUGCUGACUUUGAGCGAGCAGCGCUGGCGCAAGAACCCAAGGACAACUGACAGCUUGAAGAUUCACAGCUUUGGAAAUUGGUUCAUUCACAUCACAGCACUGAAUUUUGCUGGGUAGGGCGUAGGUAGGAACACUAAGUUUUGAUGUUCCUAGCCUGUGUGGGUAUGUACUAUGUAGGCACUAUCUAUUGCUCUCUCUGGGCAUUUCACUGGUGGUGUUAGCUUGCAUGGAUUUGAAUCCGGUGUUUCGCAUCGCAUCCAUGGUAUGGAAUGGAA